AUGGCGUAUGACAGCACGCUGCUCGCCACGGCCAACGGCACAAUGGGCAACACCAUGGUCAACUACAGAACCACCCUUGAUAACAACAACGAGAUCCCCCUCGCGUAUGCCCCGCCGUGCCCCACUCGCUGCACGCCACUCUCACUCUCGAAACACCUCUCUCUCGGUCACCCAUCGACCUGUACUGUACCUCAGCCCCUCACGAAAGAGAUACCCCGCCCCGCCCUUCCAUCUCCCUCCUCAGUAAACUCCCCUUUCUCCCCUCGGCCCCCACCCCCCACCAGCGUGUAUCCGUACUACGUGAAUCUCAAGUUGGGGUCGCAGAAGCAGGUGUUCAGCAUGGCGCUCAACCUCGCUGUGCCCGACACCUCUGUGCCCUGCGACUGCCUCCACUGCGGCUCCAUGCCGCCCUCCGCUCACCCACCCACCCACCCGCGAGCUACGUUCCCCGGGGAGAGCGAGGGGGACAACAGGCUGGCGGUCUGGGAGUGUGGGAGAGAGAUUCAGAGUGUGUUUGAAGGAUUCAGUACCACGACUAGCAAGCCCUUCACCAUGCUCUCCUCCACAACCCUCAAGUACAUCUCCUGCAGCGACCAGCGCUGCCAAACGGGCAUGGACACAACUGGAUGGGCUGGACCGCUCGACUACUAUGAAUCUGAUUUUGAUGCAAACUCGUACCUUCAGUCGGUGGGGCAGGUGAUGGAGGACACCGUCUACCUCACUGCACCUGACGGUACCGAAGUCAACCGCUCCAUCAUUCUAGGAAUGUACCAGUUAGGCCACUUGGGCAUGCAGGGGUGGAUGUACGGCUCGUGGUCAGCAGGAGGCGUGCUGGGGCUGGGGUGGUACAGUCCUUUCAUGCAGCAACUCACUGGCCCUAAUGACCCAACCACCGUGGCGCUGUGUUUGGAGGCCACGCCCACCGACGAGACGGGGUGGGAUGACCAAAUGCCGCUGCAGACAGGCAGCAGCCACCUCACCAUCGGAGCCACCGGCCUCCCUGCCGGCGCCAGCUACGCCAAAAUGUAA